AUGACGAAGGGUAAAGGCCGAAACCCAGGGGCCAGCGGGCUCGGCAAGCACCUCAAGCGCAAGACCCACCAAGAACGGUCGCAGCCCAAGUCGCGUCAACACCUCGGCCAGCUGGAGAAGCACAAGGAUCAUGUGCUCCGCACAAAAAAGCGUAAGGUUAAGGUGCGCCGCCUGCAGGACGUCAAGCGCGCCGCCGCGCAGCGCAACCCGGAUGAGUUCAACAUUGGCAUGACUAAGGCGGUGAUGGAUGUGGCGAGUGGCCGCAUGAAGAAGCGCCGGGUUCGACUAGUGGAAUCGGACAGGAAGAAGGAUAUGCAAAAAACGAUCGAGCACAAUCGGCUCAAUGUGCGGUACCUCGAGUUCAAAGCCCAGGCCGACCAGCAGCGGGCGACCGAGCUGCUCAACGAGGAGGCGGCGGCAGCGCUGACAUCAAGUGCCCCGCAGAACAAGCACAUCAUCUUUGUCGACUCCGAGGACGAGUUCCGCAGCUUCAACCCACUCAAGCACUUCGAUGCGACCCCGGAGAUGAUGCGGCAGCACCCGGCGGUGCGCGGACGCAUCAGUGUUCUGGAGAAAAUGGUCCUGCCAGAAGAGAUUCUUAUGAGUGGUGGGCACCACAUCAAGUCAGCCGCGCAGAAACGAAAAGAGCGGCGCGAGGUACAGGAGAAGAUGCACCGCAGUGGUGCUGAUGCUACAGCCGAGACACGGGCCGUCUUCGUGGAGCGCCUACAGGCCAAGAAAGAGCUGAAGCAGUACCGAUUCACCGAUCUGCUGGACAACGUGAAGUGCGAGGGCGAGGUGAUUGGCUCCUCAUCCAAGAAGGCCUCAGGCGACGACGGCGAGCAUGAGGAGGCGGCGCAGGACGAGGUCACACGGCUGCUUGAUUGGCGCCGCGAGCAAGAGCGCCAGGCGGCGAUAGUGACGGCGCGGCACGUGCGCGAGGUCGGGCAGCGCAUGCAGCGUAGUAAAAGCCUCUCUGCGUUGGCGAAGAGCAUCCGCAAGCAGUCGCAAGGCAUCAAGCGGCAGAUGGAGCAGAGGCGCGAGAGCCGCUUCAAGCCCGGUGCGACGCGGCGCUCACGCUAA